UACACCCACACUCUACACAGUGCCGUACCGGCCGCAGUUCAUCAUUGCUCCGGCGACUCUCACCGCCGGCCCGAUGGCCCCUCGCUCCGCACCCACCCCGGCAUGGUCAAGCUCCUCGCCGACCUCCUCCACGGGGUCCCGCCCGCGCCCUCCACCGGCCUCGCCCGCCGCCGCCCACGUCUCCUCGCUCCUCCUGCUCCUGCCUCCCCACACCGUCCUCCCGCUCUGGCCCUCCCUCCCUGCGCUUUCCUUCCUAUGCCCGCGCCGUCCGUCUCGCCAUCUUCCCCGCACGCCGCAUCACUCCGAACCAGUAUGCGGCUUCCCACAUGUCGUCCCCCUUGUCAAGGUUCGUCAUCCCACCCUUUCCCGUGUGGUGUUCGAUGAAAUGCUGCAGCCUGGUGUUCGCCUGGAUGAGUAUGUUUACACGGCUGGGAUUCGGGCUUACUGCGAGGCAGGGAGUCCCACGGCGCCAAGAGGCUCGUGGCGAGGAUUGGGGGUCAAGGUCAGCAUGGUGUCGUAUGUACUGCUGUAUGGAUUCUGCAAUAAUUAACGCACUCAGGAGGCAGCGGAGCCGCAGAGGUAAAGAAUAAUUGGUGAGGAGUUGCAGCUGAUGAAGUGACUUACUGGGAGCUGCUGUACGGGUUUUGUUGGAUGGAGGAGCUGUAAAUGGUGUUGAGAAUGACAUGGACAGGCUUCGGCUUGGUUUCGUGCCAUCAGAGGUCAAUUGCUCAUUUAUGUUUGAUGGGAUACGAAAGAGGGGGGGUGUUGAGGAGGCUUUCAGGUUAGCUUCUUAGUUGAGCGAGUUGGGUAUGGUGACGAACAUAUUUGCGUACAAUGCAUUGCUUGAUAAUCUGUACAAGAAUGGUAUGUUUGGUGAGGCAGAUAGGCUUUUCAAUGAAAUGUUAGACAGGGGUCUGGUGCCAAAUGAGGCGACUUAUCAUAUACCGAUACAUUCACUUUGCGAAAGGGGGGUGAUGGAGGAUGCACUUCAUAUGUUUGAUAGGAUGCGUGAGAAGGAAGUCAGAGUGACAGUUUAUCCAUACAUUUAAUAAUUGCUGCAAAAAAGGAGGAUUUAGACAUGGCAGUUGGGAUUUCUGGGGGGAGAUGGCUAAGAUAGGAGUGACACUGAAUGUAGCAUCAUAUUCUCCACUCAUAGCUGGUCUCUAUAGAGAAGGGGGUCUGUCCAGUGCCAUGGAACUCCACCAGAGAUUGUUGCAUGGACUGCUUAUACGUUAACAGCCCUCAUCAAUGGUUUCUGCCAAAUGAAGCUUCUCGGUUGUUUAAUAAGAUGAUUGACAACAAUCUAAUACCAAAUGAAACAGCUUCUAAUGUCAUGGUAGAAGGGUGUUUCCUGGUAGGUAAUAUAAAAAAGGCAUUCCAGUUAUAUGAUCAAAUGAUGGAUAGGGGCCUCAAACCUGGCAAUUACACAUUCUGGGGCUGCCAGAAUAUACAGUCGCUUCUUCCGGGUGCACAAUCUCACUCCUAUGUUGUACUUCCUGGUAACUAGAUUUUGAUACUACAAUGCUGUAACAUUUAUUUAACUCUCAGUGAUUACUCCUGCGGGCAAUUGCUUUUUUCUUUCUGCUGGCUCUUGGUGUUAUUUCUUCCAUGUCAGUUUCCCUUUUGCAUAGAGAUUGACUGGUUAUUCCAAAAUAGGCCAAUUGCAUGCUUAAUCUCAAUGCAUUUUGUUGUGCUGCCUUUAACUUUAGUCACAAGGAAUGAAAUAAGGAAAGUCAAUCUUAAACUAUGCCUGCUGCAGUCCUGCUCCUCGACUCUGCCAUCUCCAGAUCAAUCAAGGACGGCCCCAAGUGCACAUUCUCUAGUAGUACUAGCACUGCUGGUGUCAGUUGCUGCUUAGACUCUGGUUAUAUGCUUUUCGAGAAUCAUUAUGUUGGAAUAUUAUUGCGAGUACUUGACGGGAAUUGAUGCGGGAUGUGUUAGUAUGUAGCUGGGUAACUUGGUUUCACGCGUCUUAGAAGGAUUACAUGUUUUGAUGCUUUUUGAAACUGAAUGAUAUUAAUGCAUUUCUAGUCUGAUUUCUGUUUUUU